AUGAGCGCUGAGAAAACUCACGCACCCCUCUCAGGCUCCAGCACGCGUUAUUCCUGGGGCUGUAGCUCGAAUACGUUAACGUUCCUGAAUGGAACCUCACUUGAAUCUCGGUGGGAAGGGAGCCUACAUCAGACCCAAGUUCGACCUCUUUGGGGGAGUGUGGCUAGCCGCUAUUCCUAUCUUGCUCAUCGUCGUUCUUCGGUUUUUGUGCUCGCUCCGAAAUCCCUAGGAUGACGAAAUUCCUUGCCCUGGUUCCUAUGAUUAUCAGUAAGUCACGCAUAAUCAGGGAUAUGUGUUGUGAGACUUUGUUCUCCAAUCGCCUGCGCCUUAUUCCCUCUCAUCGG